AUGAGCCUUCAUCCAAAUGCUAUAAGAAAUCUCCACAAUACUCAGCAUUGGCUAUUUAAAUAUUUUUAUUGUUUUUUUAAUAGUAAAUUUUUAAAAAAUUUUUUAUAAAUAAUUUUCAUCCCCAGCAUCUCCCUGAUUAUCAGCCCAUCGUUCAAGUCCUCGAUAUGAAAUCUCUCAACAACCAAAAAUACCAAAUUGUAAUUUCAGAUGGCGAAUUUUAUCAGCAAGCUCUAUUUGUAGGCCAAUGCAAUGAUAUCAUAAAAUCAGGAAUUAUUCAUAUUUAUGACCUUAUCAAAAUCAACGAUUACGUCGUCAACAUUCUCAACAACACAAAAAUUCUAUUCAUUACUGAAAUUGAGCAUGUUUCUUCAUAUGAUAGUCAAAUUGCAGACCCAAUCAGAUAUAAUGAUAUCAGAACAAAUCCGAAACCUGUGCUUGAAGAAACCCAAGAAAUCCCUGAAGCACCAGUCCCAGAUCAAAAAAUAGCCCAAAUCCCCGAAAAAUUAAUCCCAGAGCAAACAAAAGACUUGUACGCGCCUAUAAAAUCAUUAACCCCAUUAUCAACCAGCUGGAUUAUUAAAGCAAGAGUUUCACAAAAAACUGAUAUAAAGACGUGGCAUAAUGCAAGAGGAGAAGGAAAAGUUUUUUCUAUCACUCUGAUUGAUUCGUAUUUAGAUGAAAUACAAGCUGUAUUUUUUAAUGCUGCAGCUGAUAAGUUUUAUGAUGUUUUUAAGGAAGGAAAAGUUUAUACAUUUAGUGAUGGGAAUGUUAGGUCUGCGAAAAGGAAAUUUCAUUCUGUUGAAAAUGAUUAUCAAUUAAAUUUUGAUACAAAUGCUGUUAUUGCAGAAGUGCCUGAUGAUGGGAAAUUUUAUGAAAAAAACAAUUAAAUAAUUUUUUAUAUAAAAAUAAUAAAACAAUUAUUUUAAAUAUCCAUGAUGGGAAUAUUGGGUUUUUGAAAUUCAAUUUUAUACCAAUUGACCAAUUAUCAAAACUUGAAAUCGGCACAAUUUUAGAUGUUUGUGGAAUUAUCACAGAAAUUGGCUCAUUAUCUGACAUCAUGUCCAGAAAAGGUGAAAAUUUGAAAAAAAGGAGUGUUCGAAUUACAGACCAUACCUAUUUUUCAAUAGAAAUUACCCUAUGAAAUGACCUUGCAACUUUGCAAGAUUUCGACUCAAUUUCAAUUGACUCCAAGCCUAUUUUAGCAGGAAAAUCAUUAAGGCUCACAGACUUCAACGGCCUAUCACUUACCUGUGAAAAAUCAAUAUCCUCAAUAUACAUAAACCCCAAAGACUAUAAAGAACUCGACUUUAUUAAGCGUUGGAAAAAUUCCUCCACAGAAAAUAGGCUACAGCUAACCCCUCUUACCCAUCGUACAAUAUCCAAAACUCAGCAAGAAUUCAAAACCCUCAGAGAAAUCAAAGAAAUUUGGGAAGGAUUAAUGAUAUCUUCAGACCAAACUAUAAGCUAUACCAUUAUUGGCUAUAUUUCUUAUAUAAGAUCAGACAAUUUUUCAUCAUUGACUUAUCCUUCAUGCAAAAAUUCAUCAAGUUGCAAAAAGAAAGUCUUGAUGGAAAGUGAUGGACUUUUUAGAUGUGAAAAAUGCAAAGAAUCGUUCCCCAACUGCACUUAUAGGUAUCUUUUAUCGAUGGUUUUUAACGAUUCUACUGAAAAUAUAUACAAAUUUUAAUUAAAACGUAAAAAAAAAUAAUUAUUUAUAUUUUUUGGCUUGUUUAAAACACGAGAAUAUAAAUGUGACCGGGUUUGAUGAGGUUGGGAAUUCUUUAUUUGGGAUGACUGCAGGACAGUUAUAUGAAGUUUCUAAAGAGCAGGAGAAAUUUGAUGGAGUGAUCAGUGGGGUUUUUAGAAAAGAAAGAAUUGGGACUUUGAGGGUUAGCAAUAAUGAUUCAGGAAAUGGGCCUAGGACAAGAUAUAGAAACUUCCUUGGAGUGGCGCUGCAAGCGCAGGCCACUCCAUGGGGAAUUCAUGGGUUGGUCGAACCAACGCACAGUUUUGGUUCGACCAACUCCUAUGUUGGUUAAACCAACACAGGAAUUCCACAUGGAGUGGCCUGCACUUGCAGCGCCACUCCAAGAAAAGAAGUAUAUGUAUUAGAUUAGAUUUAAAUGUGUCUUUAAAGUCCCCACUUCGUCGUCUAGAAGUUCCACGGGUUUACCCCGUGGGAGCAGAGGCGCAACCGCUUCAAGCCUGGGCCGAAACCCCCGGUUUCUCAGUAGAGGUAAAAGGUGAAGGGACGUCUUAUACCGUCUUCGCUAACUGCCUCCAUUUCCAACUUGUCACGCCGCCCUAUUUUUACGCCAACCUUGUUCGCACCGAUCGUCGAUCCGCUCGCUGAGAGCGAUUUAACCGGAGAGACCCCCGUUGAGAUAUCUAGUUUGCUUCCCCUCUUUUCCGGUCAUCCCGAGAAAGAACUCAACAGCUUUCGCCAUUCGGGGCAAACCACAAAAGCAGCCUAGGCAGGUAUGUCACCCUGCCUCAUUUAGGGCACCCACUGGGCUGGGCUCUGCUGGCAAAAAGAAGUUGUGAAUAACUGCCCAAGGGUUUGGUCGCAAAAACAGCGGCCUUCGCGUUAGGCCUCUCGCCUCGAGGUCCCAAACAUUGCUGGGCCAAUUCCCGGCUCCAAAAACCAUGCCCGGAUACACGGAUAACUACCCAUGAGAGGUGGGUCGGACGUCAUCCGCCAUUUUAUGUAUAUACAAGAUAUGUAUUGAUGAAGCUGGAGCCGAUGAACUUUCAAAGAGGAUCGAUUUUGUUUUUAGAUGAAAUCAACUAUAUUAUGGGGCAGAUUUCUUUAUAA